AUGAUUUCACAAUUCUACGCCGUUGUUGGUGUCGAACAUGUCCACUACUUUGUUGCCAACCAUCCAAAUGGCGGUCUUACCUGGCUAUACAAUAUGACGCGCAAGGAUGAAGCUCCCCUUGCAGAGCACUCUGCAGUACCAUCAGCUUCUGCGGAUGCUUACUCCCGAUCUAUAGAAAGCUGCAGGCCACAAACAUCACUGAGGGGCGAACUUAUCCUCCUGGGUCGUCCGUCCCAUCUUCGAGUACAUGCACAUUUGAAGAACGAUGCGGACACCAAUAAAUCUGAACAACAGUACGAUCUUGUUUAUCAUCGGUCCAUGAACCUCACCAACUAA